AUGGACGGGACCCACCGAACCGAUUUGACUAACAAACCAGAUACAGGCAAGCCGCGUAGUAACUUUACAAGAUUGGACCUCAUCAAGUAUGACACUCCUUAUCUGGGCCCUAGAAUUCAAUUUAUGUUGCAGCAACUAGAAUUCAAGUUGAGUGUGGAACAGAGGUAUAAAGAAGGUAUUGAAAAGAUGCAGAAACUGUAUGAGAUGGACAGGGACCGGAAAAGUAGCCAAGAAGCAGAGGCUAAACGCAUCGAGUCGAAUCAUAGAAUCCAAUUGCUAAAAAAAUCGCUCAAGAGAUACUCUGACAUGCAUAUUGAUAUUGAGGAAGAGGAGGCUGUUGACGAUAGUGAAAGCGUUGCUGCAUCAAACCUUCGUCGACCAUUGACUGGUAAUCUUCACAUUGCAAUCAAGGCUAUCAAGGACGUUGAUCACGUUGCUACGAAUCGUCUUUCUAGAUCACCUGAGAGUAUGAUUUCUGUUAAAGUUGAGGACCAGACUAGGGCCCGAACCAAGUUCACUCGAAACGAACGUUGGCCAGAAGAGUUUGAUAUUUCUGUUGAUAAGGCUAACGAAAUUGAAAUCACUGUCUAUGAUCGAUCCGGUGAUAACAAUAUUCCCGUAGGUGUUAUGUGGCUUCGCAUUGCUGAUAUUGCUGAGGCUCUACGUAGGAAAAAAGUUGAGCAUGAAUUGAACAAUGCCGGUUGGGUAAGUGCCGCCAAUGUACAGGGAGCAUCGGAUCAAGAUCCACGUGGUUAUAACCGUAUUGGAGAGGACUUAUCGCUGAAUUCUUUAAACAUCAAUAAUGGCGGUGCUGCCACCGGCUCUCCUGGUUUCAGUCCUGCUGGGGGUGCACCAUUACCAUUGCCAACCUCUGCUACUCUUAUCGAUGCCUGGUUCGUGUUAGAGCCAGUUGGUCAGAUACACAUUGUGGUUGGAUUUGAGAAGUCAAAUCGUGGUAUCAAGCGUGCUUAUGAUGGCAUUGGAGGGUUGGGUCGUCAAGGUGCUAUCCGUCAAAAGAAGGAAGAAGUACAUGAGGUUCAUGGCCAUAAAUUUGUUCAACAACAAUUUUAUAACAUCAUGAGAUGUGCAUUGUGUGGAGACUUGAUGAAGUACUCUGUUGGUUAUCAAUGUCAAGAUUGUAGGUACACAUGUCACAAAAAGUGUUAUCCCAAGGUCGUUACCAAGUGUAUUUCAAAGGCAAGUACCGAAGCUGAUCCUGAUGAGGAGAAAUUAAACCAUCGCAUUCCCCAUAGAUUUGAACCAACCACGAACAUGGGUGCUAAUUGGUGUUGUCACUGUGGUUAUAUUCUACCCUUGGGUAAGAAGAACGUUCGAAAGUGUACUGAAUGCGGUUUGACAUGUCAUCCUCAGUGUGCUCAUUUGGUGCCUGACUUUUGUGGUAUGUCUAUGGAAAUGGCCAACCAAAUAUUGAGUGAAAUCAAACAUACCAAGAAACUCAAGGAAGAAUAUGCAAGCGUUCAUAAACCAUCUUACUCUUCCACGGCUACUUCUACAGUAAAUAAGGCCCCACAACAGUCUCAGCCACAAGCUCAACAGUUUAAUCAACAGCCCUAUGGUCAAUCUAUUUCACCCACAACCACGUUUGGUAGCGGAGGAAGCUUACCUCCAACACCCACAGGACCGCCUAAAAAGGAGAACAGGCCAGUUAAGCGCAAGGAAGUUGGCCGUGGUCACAAUACAAGUCCAUCCAUGAGUGGUAUUCAAAGCCGACCGGAAGAUUUGCUACCGGAUAAGAAUAAUGUUGGAGCUGCUGCCACUGCCACAGCUGCGGCAGCAGCUGCAGCAGUAGCUGGAGGUUAUCUGUCGCGUCCCGAUAAUGUUGGCCCGGCCGACGUGCAAUACAGAACUCAAGGGAACGGUGCGUCGAAUGCUGCAGCCGCUGCAUAUCAACAACACCAGUACCCUCAAGCCAAAUCACAAGUUGAUUUACAGCACCAACAGCAACAGCGGCAACAACAACAACAGCAGCAGCGAUUGGAAUAUCAGCAGCAACAACAGCAACUCCAGUUGCAACAACAACAGCAGCAGCAGCGAGAGCAAGAACAGCAGUUACAAUUGCAGCAGCAGCAAGAACAGCAGCAGCAACUACAACAGCAACAGCAGGAAUCCGAGUCACAAAUGCAAGUGCAGCCUCAACUCACAGUCCAAACUAAGCCUGCAGAACAGACGAGACGCAAAGUUAAGCGAAAGGUGGGUCUUGACGAUUUCAAUUUCCUAUCAGUAUUGGGUAAAGGAAAUUUUGGUAAAGUCAUGUUGGCGGAAUCUAAGAAUACACAUCAAUUAUACGCUAUUAAAGUAUUAAAGAAGGAUUUUAUUAUUGAACACGACGAAGUUGAGAGCACAAGGUCUGAAAAGAGAGUUUUCCUUAUUGCCAACCGUGAGCGUCAUCCCUUUUUGAUCAACCUUAAUUCAUGUUUCCAAACUGAAAAUAGAGUGUAUUUCGUUAUGGAAUAUGUAAGCGGUGGCGAUUUGAUGUGGCAUAUUCAAAAGGAGAUGUUUACUCCUAGAAGAGCCCAGUUCUACGCAGCAGAAGUGUUAUUGGCAUUGAAAUAUUUCCAUGAUAAUGGUGUUAUCUAUCGAGAUUUAAAAUUGGACAAUAUCUUACUCUCCUUGGAAGGACAUAUCAAAAUUGCUGAUUAUGGAUUAUGUAAAGAAGAUAUGUGGUAUGGUAAGACUACUGGAACAUUCUGUGGUACUCCUGAGUUUAUGGCACCAGAAAUUUUGUUAGAACAAAGAUAUGGAAGGGCAGUUGAUUGGUGGGCAUUUGGUGUUCUUCUGUACCAGAUGCUUCUUGCCAAGUCUCCAUUUAGAGGUGAUGACGAUGAAGAAGUGUUUGAUGCCAUUUUAUCAGAUGAGCCUCUAUACCCUAUUCAUAUGCCAAGAGACUCAGUGUCGAUCUUGCAAAUGCUUCUAACUCGAGAGCCAAGCAAACGUCUUGGAUCUGGUCCAAAGGAUGCUGAAGAAGUAAUGGCCCACCCCUACUUUAGAAACAUCAAUUUUGAUGACAUCUAUCACUGUCGGGUUGCCCCACCAUUUGUUCCUAAGAUUGAUUCUCCUACAGAUGUGCGUAAUUUCGACAAGGAAUUCACGUCUGAGCCGCCUGCAUUGACUCCAGUAACCACGACUCUAAGCCCUCAAAUGCAAGAACAGUUCCGGGGAUUUUCUUAUCUUAGCGGUGAAAUGAUAUAA